AUGGACUCCCGCGCGUCCAGCCCCCCGCUGUUCCGUACUGAGGAUCUCGAAGCUGCCUUCGCUCGUCUGUCGGACCCCUGGCCAGAACACGUCGCCAAUACCAGUACAUCCUUCGAGCGGGCCGAGGACGUCAAGCAGGAGCACAGUUAUACGGAGGCCGAUAGUUUAUACGCGGAGGAAAGUGAGAAUUAUGGUAUGAGACCUCCAUCUCCCCUCCCGUAUGUCGAAGAUCCCUUUGUGUACAUGGCGGCGUCGCCAGACCCGGAUCCCUCGCCUUCGGAAUGUCUUUCACCGAUCCUAAGCGGAUCCAGUUCCGGUGGUUCGUUUCCGCCGACCACCUCGCUGCCUUUCGCUCUCGAGGCACCGAGCAAUGUACUAUCGGCGAACUCGUCGGCCACGCUCCAACUCACUCCGGAGGAUGCGUUGGACGAGGAUGAUCUUGACGACGACGAGCUAGAUGAGUACAUUCUAAGCCCUAGCCAGGUACAUGCACGAUCUGUGGCUUUUGUAACUCUUCUGAACUCGGAGUCCUCCUCGUCUCCUUCCGUGACCGCUCAAAUGGGGGUGCUCGACCACACAAUCACUACGACGGAAUCCACCACUCCGCUUCUGGCGACUGUGUCUCCGUCCAGCGUCGAUGAUCAGCCUGAGAACAACCCCAAUGUCGAGUCUGUUCCCUUUAGGCACGGCAAGAAGCGGGGUCGUCAGCAAGUAGAAGAAGAGAACAAGGAAAACGAGGAGUCGCAGAUAUUCGGAACGGAGGAGCCCAUAGCGGGCCCGUCGACUCAGACAGCAUCCACCGACUUGGACCACCGGGCGCCCAAACGGGCAAAGCAGGCGCAGGUUCUCCAAUCGGUCGAAAUUCCGGACGGCAGCCCCGACCAGCCAUGCAGUCGCUAG